UUGUAACUCAGACAUGCCGCCAAGCAUGCCACCGACGGCUCCGUUUCAUAUUUCAUACUAUAAACUCGGCUUAUGAUAUGAUGGCUCGCGAACAACUCUGCACUCAAACCUGCAUGUAUUCCGCUCGUAUAACUUCGAAACGCCUGCUGGCAGGCUCAAGUAGUCAAAUAAAACCUCUCGCUUCAAACUCUCACCUAUACAUUACUCGAACUAACACCAAAUCAAGCAAUGCCGCGUUGCGGACGAUCGAACCGAAGUCGUGCACUCGCAAUUAUUCGCAGACACCGCGACCUCCCGUAUCGGAGCAAAAAUCGACUCAGAGAGUUGAGGAAUGUGAAGAUAGUCAUGAAGCACCGCCGCAUGCGUCACAAGGAUACCAAGUUGGUGGACUCCAGACCCCAAGCAAUCCGUUCACGACUGGUUCUAGUGCUCUUGAUGCUGCCCUUACAACCGUGAUUGGGUUGGGAAUGACUUACCGUCUGGCCACUAACGCUUCAUCAUCCAGUCUUCUUUGGCGGUGUAGCCUAUCUCGCGUGGUACAAGAAGAAUGUCCUUGACAAGAUUGAACUUGCUUUCGCUGCCGGUUAUGAUCCUGCACUUGAGCUUGCUAGCCAUGGCAAACAGCGGGAUCCUAAUACCCCCGAAGAACUCGACUGGGACAUGGAUGGUCCUUGGACUCAACACCUACGGCGAAAAGAGCAGGACUUAGUCGACCGAAUUGUUCAUGGUGCGGAAACGGGGCAUUAUUUUAUGUUACUCGGUCCUAAGGGUACUGGGAAGACAACUAUGAUCUUUGAUGCCAUGCAACAAUGUCAAGCUGAAGGUGUGGCUAUAUGCGACGCCCAUCCGGACUUGGAAGUAUUCCGGUUGCGUUUGGGGAAAGCGUUAAACUACGAAUACAACGAAGAUUCGCAGACCGGCCUGUUCCAGCGUCGCGACCCACGCGAAGGUGGACCUGCACUGGAUAUUGAGCGAGCGAUGAACAAAUUGGAGAAGGUCGCCUUGCGAUACGCUAAGCGAACUGGGAAGCCCUUGGUAUUGAUUAUCAACAACGUUCAUUUCUUCAAGAAUGACGAUGGUGGGCGCAACAUGCUGCUUCAAUUACAGCAGCGUGGUGAAGCAUGGGCAGCAAGCGGUAUUCUCACCUUUGUCUUCAGUUCGGACGAUUUCUGGCCGUUCUUUGUUAUGCGGAAGAGUGCAAGUAGGAUGCAUGUCGUUUCUGUUUAUGACCUCAAUCAUCGUGAAGCUUUACAAGCCUCACUGCGCAUGCGUAUGAACGCUCACCGUGAAGUGGAGGAAAUAGAUGCUUUCAAGGAGGUCGUUAACAUCAUGGGCGGUCGUCUAUCAUACCUUGGUAAAACAUGCAAAGCCAAGGAAAUGAUGCCCACCGCAAAGCACUUGUUACAGGUUGAGAAAGCGUGGCUACUGAGUCAGAUUGGUCUGAUCCAGGAUCACGAUGACGAUGUCAUGGAUGAGCAAAAAUGGAGCUCGUGUUCUUGGCUCCUUCUACGCGAAUUUGUUAAGAUGCGGCAACAAGAGGAGCAGGAGAUUAAAGAUGCCAUUGCUGCGGGCGAGAAGACCAUCGAAGACUUAGAGAACAUAGGGUUGCCCAGGAUUCCUUACUACAAAUGUCGUCAAAUCAUGACAAGACCGGACUUCUUGGAGGAGCUGGAUAGAGCCAAUAUCAUUGCCAUUGAUAUCAACCAUGACGUUACACCAGACUCUUUGCUCAUCCUAAACGCUGCUAGAGAGGUUGUCGAAGAGCCUGACUUUGAUGAAGUGUUGGAGGCCGUACGAGAUCGUGUAGAUGAGAUCGAGAGUCUACACCGUACGAGGGAACUAACGUUCAAGGAUGUGAAGGACGGUGACCGUGUUUGGCUAUCAGUAGACAAAGGUGGCACCCGUCUGAUCGAGAGUCACUGAGAGAGCUUCUCCUUUUCCUGUCAGACACUUCUACACUUUCUGACGUCGCAUUCCGAUACUCCCUGUUUGCCUGGCGUAAACUCCCAUAGAGCAACAAACACAUCUCACGUUCUCCGGCACCGUGUUUCAAGCGCAGCACGCUAUGCUUCUCCACUCAGGCUGUGUGAUCGAGGUAGGUCAAGUGCCCUAAACACGUUCAUUCUCACGAAUUUCAUUAUGUGCGAUCACAACUGAAUCUGCUCGGAUCUUCAUUGGUUCUCGGUGUGUCCUUUCAUUUGCGCUCUCAAGCUCAAGACCAGUGACAGCGUUUCCCGCUAGAACUGUUACCUUGACUUUCGGAAGCGGAAGCAACCUUCGGAGGACUUCCGAAGUAAUGCGGCCGUUUCUCGAACAAGAUAUCUGCCGCCGGUUCGGUCUAUGAAUGGGGCCAUAAUUAUUGACGGUCCUCCAUGGCGCGAAGGUCGCGUGUUGCCAGGGUUCGCCGUGCCAUUUUCUGGUGA